AUGGCAAGUUUGUAUGGAAUUUUUUUUAUCCUUGCUGUGGCCUACGCUGCACUUUUGUACUUGGUGAAUUUAGUACCACAUGUGUCAAUCAGAUACGUUGGAUUCCUUUCAUUGAGAGGGGUGACAAUAAAGGUCAGAACAACUACAGUUUAUAUUGGAAAAAUUGCUCUUCAAAUAAAUGCAUUUGGACCAAGAGAUGAAUCCUUGAAAUGGAUAUCGCUCAUGUUAGCGGAUGUUGAUAUCACUUGUUUGAAGGAUAAACAGACAAAGCCACCGAAGCAACCAGAAACGUCAAAGAAGAAAGAUACGCCAUUUCACGACAAAUCUAUCAAGAACAAACUUCAAUUUCAUGUACCAACUUUUAUCUACAACUAUCUUUUGCGAACUGAGCUUAUCAAUAAGAUCAAUUUCCUUAUAGUCAGAUCAUCCAUUUACCACGAAAGUACCCACGAGCACUUUUGUGCAUCCUUGGAGUUUACAAGAUUGGAGGCAAAGAUUUCCAAGUGUCACAAUCUCAGGGUCACAGCUACGUUAUUCAAUGGAUUGAUAUUUGAAAAUGAAAACAAGGACAAUAAACUUGACCUAUUUAGAAAUGUUGAGUUUUUCGUAAACUGUGUGGUUAUAACCGCCUGCGAUAUGAACCGAGCAAAUAGAAUCAAGGUCAAUUUCGAGGAAUUCAGAACAUCGUUAUCAAUAGGAAGAUUAAAUAUUCCUAUGGAAUAUAUAUCCACCAAGAAACAAAAGCAAUCAAAGCCUGAAGUAAACCAGCCAGUAACUCCUAUUGAAGAUGAUUCACCUAAACAGGUAGCAAAUGUGAUACAAUACAAACAGUUGUUGAAAGAUAUAUUGUCCUUGUACUCCUUGACGGAAAUUCGACUCGAAGAUUUUACCUUGUCCUACAAAUCUGUGUCCAUCAAUCUUUCAAACUUUGUUUUCUCAUUGGAAAAAAUUGUGAGACCUGCGGCUACUUCAACAUUGAAGCUACAAAUUUAUGUAACCUCCUUCAAAUUUUACCACUUAGACACAAAAUGUAUUGAGUUGCCGUCCGGUACCGUAAUUUAUGAGGUUUGCCCCAUGGCAACUUUAAGGGUUUCGCAGGCAUUACUUAAUCACGAGCAGAACUCAAACGAACACAUAAAUUUUGAUUUUUCCAUCAUGCUAUCAAACCCCGUUUUUGAUGUUUACUACGACCAGGAAGAUAUUUUAUUUGGUUUGCUUAGAGAUAAAAUGAUGCGUAAACGAAUGAACAAGAUGAGGACUGCUGCAGGAGUGCAUCAUAAGGAGGAAGCAAUGAAGAAAUUAAAGCUAGCCUCAAAAAUGUUGCGGAAUGUAUCGACCAAAAUUGUUAUAGUUGACACUGUGAUUAAUGUACACUUGCCCAAAAUUGGCCAGACUAGGGAAGAUGUCUUUAAUCGUCAUUCCAAUUCAAACACCAAGGUCUCAUUUUCUGUCACUGACUUGACUCACAAAAUUUUUACCAGAACACAAACAAAGAAAUUGAAAGACGGCACAAACACAGACAAACGUACUAUUAACUCAUUUCUCAAGAUCAAAAAUCUCAAAGGGGAAGCGGAAGGAAAUUUGUCUCAAUUUACUAAGGUUAACUUGCUACUAAGUUAUGAUUUAGAUCGUUUGAAACUUGCUGCUAGAUUGUCAAGUAAAGCGAUCAAUUUCAGAUCAGUUAACGACAUCUUUUUCUACUUGGUGAGACAGUUCCGAAAUCGUCAACGGAUUUAUUUCAACAAAAAAUUUGAUGAGUGGAUGAAAUCUUUCGAGAAGAACAGCGCUCCAAAUCAGCCAAACAAUGCAGAACGUUUGUCGUAUGGGGACUUCAACAAUCCUAUCGGUGAAAAUGAAGAGGGUGAGCUCAUCAAAAUUUUCGAAGUGUUACCACCAUACGUAUCUUCAGUCAGACUCGAUUUGUCAUCAUUGGUGUUUGAAAUCAAGAGCAAAGAGGAGUUACCAAGUCAAAAAAUCUAUGAUUACAGGAUCGGGCAAGAUAUCGAUUUGAAAGAUUACCGACGUGGUAUCUCACUUCGAGUGUCCGAUCUUUCCGCAAUUUAUAAACGCUCACAUGAACAAUUCCAAUUAUCAAUGGGGUUGGUCCAAGCAGCUACACUCAGUGAGUACGCCCAAGAAUAUCUAAUUUCUACCAACAAAGUCGACGAUGCACAAAUGAGUAAUUCGGAUUUGGAUGAUCUCUCGACCCUAAACUCCUUUGAUUCUAUUCCCGCCGACACGACGAAUGCAUACAACACAGAUGGAUUAGGUAAUACUGAUUCCUACGGAGUAAAGAAUGUUCUCACAGUACAAAACAUCCAUAUCGCUAAUGACACAUCCAAGUCAGAGGACAGAGACCGCAACAGACUUACUUUGACAAUACCAGAAGUUGACGGGCAUAUCGACACUUUUUUCUUAUGGUGUAUCUUUUAUGCAAAGACCUUGCUUCAACGAUUUGCCCCAACCGUUGAAUCAAAUUGUACGAGGGAACAAAUGAAACAGAUUACAGGUCCAAAGAAAAAGGUCAAGCUCGAUGUGAUGUUGGAGUCAGUCACCAUUUCCAUAAGGCUUCCUCACAAUGUCGAUGUGCUUAUUGAAUUUGACCGCUCAAGGUUUCCAAAUGUCUUUGUUUUGAAGAAUGCUGAUAUCAAAAACAUUAGAAUGUAUGUUAUUCAUCCUAGUACAAAGUUAUGGGCAAGAGUAGUGGUGAUAAAAGAGGCCAAUUUCAGCAUUGAUGUGUCGAAAACGUUACACGAGGCCGCCUUUGAAUUGCAUACAAAGUCCAUUUUAUUCAAUGUUCCUAAUCGAUUUGCCAUUUACACUGUCAUCGAUAACUCUAUUUCCUUUGUCAAGGCAAUAAAACAAUUGCUGCAUAAUUUCAAGUACUUUAACUACGGCGUUGAUAAGUUUGAGCGUGUAUACCCAGCAGCAAAAGAUGCGUUGGUAUUUCCUCAUAUUAGGAUCAAAACGGCAUCAUUAGGUCUUGCACUUGAAAAUGAUCCAUUUGAAAAUGAAUUGGCCAUGAUCUUUGAAUUAGGAUUAAUUGAACAAAGAGUUAGAUGGAGAAAAUUGCAAGCUUUUGAAGCAAAAAGUGAGGAGAUUAGAGCUAAUGCACAGCCAGAUAUAGAGGACCAAAUUGAGUUAUCUGAUUUACCCAAUACUUCAUUGGGUGAGCGAAAAGGGCUGUUUAGAAAAGGUAAAACUUCCACUAAACAAAAGAUGCAAAGCCCAUUGCGGAAUGAGGCAACAUAUGGUGACGAAUCUUCCAGGAACGGAGGGACAGCAAGUAAUGAGAGUGGAAGAAGCAAGCUUCGAGGAACAUUUUUAAAGAUGAAGCGCAAUCACUCACAUCGUAAAACUGUAAACGGUGAUACCACAGAUGCCGACGUGGAGGAUGAGAACCAACCAAAAUUGACUAAAACUCAAGCUGAGGAGGAAAUCAGACAAGCAAGGGAGAGAUUGAAUCACAACUUCUCGCUUUCAUGGAUGAGAAAGUUCAAAUCUUUCAAAGAUGUUCGUAACAAAGUCUGGAAGGAAAGGAGAGAAGAGCUAUGGGGCCAGGACGACCCAACAGAUGUAAUGAAGUCAAAGUAUGACAUUGUGGAGUACGCUGAUGGUCCUACUUUAUCAACUGCAUUGUUUCUUGAUGUUGACUUGACGUUGGAUAAAUUCAGAGGUGGAGAUAUCGAUGAAUUUUUGUACGCAUAUGCGAAAAAGCAACCGAAACAAAAAUAUUCCAUCUUGGUUCCGUUGUACGCUGAAUUAACCGCAAAAAAUUUCCAUAUGUUUUUGAAAGAUUAUCCGUUACCGUUGGCAUCAUUCCCGACAAAUAGCAAUCCGCAAUCUCCAACAGUUCAUAUCAAAACGAAUUUAGUCGUGAAUGAGCAUUUGUAUCAAAGAAAGGAAGAGCUUCGUUAUAUAUAUGUGCCAUUCUCCUCGGCUGUAUUCGAUAACGGCUUAUCGGACAACUUUUACUCCGUUUACAUUCCAAGAACAUUGACAACAGUUAAAGUAGCUGCCGACUUUCAGUGCGAUUUGAAUUCCGAUCGUGCUUGUAUUGUAGGAUGGUCCAAAUCAUACCAACCUGCCUUGAGCACUAUGGGUCAAGCUUUUGAAAACUUCUCCAAACCCGCAAUCGAUGACAGUCCCAUUGGAGUGUGGGAUAAAAUUCCGCUAAUCAUGCAUGGAAAAUACAAAUUCAAUAUUGCAAAUGAGCUCUGCUUGCACAUGAAGAGCGGUAGAUCACCAUAUAAGCUAGUCGGGUUAAAUUCUGGAUUCGUUUUCAACUGGAAAAAUAAUGUCGAUCUUACCAUUGACGGAACCAUUGAUCCCAAGAGAUUGGUUGUGAUUACAAGUGAUGACUUUAUCUUUGCGGUUCCUAAUUAUUCAGUAAAGGAAAAGCAUACAUGGAGCUUAUACUACGAUGGUCGUGAAGACUUGGCACCAAGCAGCGAUCCAGAAGGUAAGAAGUAUCACAAAAAAGUCAUACGACUUAGCUCAAAUGAUCGUGUUGAAUGGUGCUUAGGAAUGAUGUUUGAAAGAAAUAAACAUUUCUCAAAUCAACUUUCAGACCAAGAGGAAAGGACAUCGGAGUUUUUGCCACAUUAUAAGGUUCAGAUCACGAACCCCGCUAAUGAGUAUCAUCCUGACUCUUAUGAUGGUUAUAGAGCAGACUAUGUCCAUAUGGCACUAUCUGUUAUCUCCAAAUCGCACAAUGGCCAAGCAUUCAAUGCAGCAUUUUUAACACCUUUGGCAUUUCAUCAUUUCUUUUACUGGUGGGAUACAGUUGCUCACUACUCGCCCACUCCUGUCAGACUGGGAAAAUUGUUUACCAAUGGAGAAUUAAAACCAAAGCUCAAAUUGAGUCCUCAUUUGUUUACUGUGAAAUAUCAAAUGAUCUUUAAUCCGGUGACAAUUUCGCAUUUAUAUAUCCAUUCGAGUAACGAAUUGCAUGGAAAAAAGAAUAGAGUUGCGUUCACAGGAUUAAAGGGUAAAUUUGAUGUUUGUGAGAUUGAUUUGCAUCAGAGAAAGGAGUUAUUGACAUAUGUCAAUCAAAAGUUGAACAAAAGAACUCAAGUUAAGCAUUUGAAAAUGAACCAAGCGGAGAUAAACGUCGAAAAAGCCGAUGUAAGAGUUUUGAAUGCUUUGUUCCCAGAUCAAUCCGUAAGCGGAAAAUUAUUGUCGUAUUUGACUGGCGACAAUUCUUCAGAUAACCUGAGUAGCCAUCAUCAUCGCCCCAUGCGUUCUUCCAAGUUUUCCAAAUGGAUCGAAAGUGUCGAGGUGCCAGACGGAGACUUAUCAUGGGUCGACCCUGAGGACUUUAUUGAGCUAGAGAUGAAUGUGCUUUUGUCGGCAUAUCCAAAGAUAAAGAUCUUCCCAUUUUUUGCUACUCCGAAGCUUAGCUACUUCAGAGAAUUCACUUUGCGUGAGGACGGACCUUAUCCUUUUGGGAAUGAAAAGAUACACAAUUGUUUAAUGGACACAGAAAAACCCAGUGGUGUGCAAUCUCGCAUCUUAUCAGAACGUGUAGAAACCCUCAAGAAUGAGCUAUCGAGGAAACAACAACAAUUUAGCCGUAUGAAGUCUCAUGCUCAAUCUAGGGAUGAAUACACUAUGCGGGAUGUAGAGACAGACAUCCAAUUGUUGCAGGAUAAGAUUGAUGUCAUCAAUAAGGCUCAUAGAAACUUUACCGAGGAAGAUUUGAAAAUGACCAACAACUUUGACGAUCCAGAAAAUCUUACCGCAUUGCUGAAACAACAAUCAGGCUUGUCUGCGUACUCCAGUCAUAAAGAUAAAGACGAUCUUCUCGAAGCUGCCAACUUUGUGGCAAUUGCCGAAUUCCACAAUAGGUUCAUUGUGCACAAUUUGGAAAUGAAAUGGGAUGAUGAUAUCAAAAUUUACUUUGAGAAUUAUUUAGAGAGAAUUGGUGAUCGAAGAGACCAUGUUUACUACAUGACAAGAAUGGCAAUAGAUCUUGUUCAAAAUGUUAUAAGUGAAGCAGAAAAGGUUGAUACUGAUGACUUGAAUUUCACUGAUCGUACUUUUACUAAUUUUAAGGGUGGAAUCGAGGCCAUUGAAGGAUUUGCCGAAGCGUUGGACGUUUUGCAAAACCCAGAUGUGGAGGAAGCGGAGCAUAAAUAUUUGAUCAAGUUGAUCCACCCACAAAUUCAAAUGGUUAGUAAAAAAGCACCUGAUUCAUGUGUCAUUGUCACAUCAAGAGACUUGGAUAUCAAGGUCGUUGAUAUAAACCAGAAGGAUUUGGUCAAUGUUUUGACCGAUAGUUCGGAAGUGACUGCAAAAGUUGAGUCUAGAAUUGGAGUUUUAUUUAGAGAAGAGCAAAUCUUUGUGGUGAUUAAGGAUGAUGUUGCCCAUUUAGGACCAAAAUCAAAGUUUGCCAAAGGAGGUUAUAUGAAUUCAACUUCCAAUUGGCCUCCAUGGUUUGAAUGCGAAGUGUGUUAUAGAGGAGCUUGGGCUCAAGAAUUUCUUGUUGCUGAAAGGAAUACAGUUGCGCUUGUUUACAAAUCGCCUAAUAAUUUGUUUCUCAAUGCCAAAAACUUGCAACGUCAUAAUGAGGUUGUUGUAUUCAUCAACAAGUACGUGGUGAGUGCUACAUCGUCACAGUUUUCUAGCAUUUUUUACGUUGUUACUGAGUUAUUACUUUCAGGAGAAAAUAAGGGCAGUCUUCAAUCGAAAUUAUCAAAGAUUGUUUCGCUUACCGAAGCAUCUGACUUUAAAGGGUUGGAUAUGAAAGUAAAGGAAUUACAAACUACAAUUAGGGAGUUCAAUGAUAUAGUUCUAACCUUCCAUCAAAGAGGAGCAGCUUUGAAUGAGUCUGAGCAAAAGUACUUGCAGAUUUUGGAGUUGGAGAUGGAGAAGCUGAAGUUGGAGUUGAUAAUGAUUAUGAAGCUUUUGGGCACAAGAAAUAAAUCAAAAUCGAAGGAAACCACCAAGUUUUGGCACAUAUUAACAGACCAAGUUAUUUGGCAUUUCCUUACUGAUGAUAGACAGCCCUUCAUCGACAUUGCAUGCACUGGGAUAGUAUUCUCGCGAGUUGAAUCCAUUGAUGGGGCUAAUCACAAUGAUUUUGAGAUCAAAAUGAUGCAAGGGUUCAACCUUCAGGAGAAUAGCCAGUUCCCAAUUUUGUUGUCACCAUUGAUUCCAAAAGGGGAAACAAAGUUCACCGACGAUGGAAAGCCAAUGGUGAAAAUGACUUGGGAUUUGCUGGCGUUGGUAGGAGGUAUACCCAUCAUCAAACAUGCAAAGUUGGACGUUCUCCCUUUGCGAUUUGAACUAGAUUACCCAACCGCCAAAAUGCUUCAGUCUUACUUAUUUCCAAAAGAUGAUGACAUGGAUUCUGAUGAUAGUGAAGAUUCAGAUGACUCCAGUUUAUACUCUUCAUCUGAUGAAACCUAUGAAGAUCCAGGGUCAGAACAGUCUUCGUUAAUGACAAAUGAAUCGUCCCGUUCGAGAAAUCCUUGGAGGAAGUUACUAUCAAGACGUAAACCACUAGCCCCAAAGGUCAGAACAGAAAGAAAUGUUGAUAUUCCUUCAAGCGGUACAUCUAGCCCAUCGACUUCAACGCAAGGCUCACAUGAAUCUCACUUGUUUGGUUCUCAAGGCUCAUCCUUUACUCGUCGUCAAGAAAAAUCAGGUACUAAGGUUACAAAACUGACUAGAGGUAAAAAUAGUCAAUACACUGCUAACAAUGAGGUAUUGGAUGAUGAGAUCGAGACGUUGAUUGCAAGAUCAUUGAAAUACAAGUCCAUCAUCGAUAUUGAAAUUUCAAAUUUUGAUUUAAUGGUCAGUUUCCUGGGUCCGAAAAGUUUGCAUUUAUUAAACGUGAACCAGUUGGUGUUAUCUAUACCCACUUUACAGUAUCAAUAUAAGAUUUGGUCAGGCGAGGAUUUUACAAAUAGGUUGAAAAAGGAUAUUAUAAAGAUUAUUUUGCAGCAUACUGGUAAGAUAUUGAGUAACAAGUUCCAAUACAAAAAGAAGACCGCGAGUUCCAAACCCUUGAAACAGAUUUCGAAUUAUGAAGGGUUCUUGACAUUGGAGGAUUUACAAGAUCAGGGUGAGGGAGCAAGUGGGGAUAGUCACGGAAUACAUCUCACACCAGAAGUCUCAAGAGUUCAUCAUAAUAACCAUCUCCGAAGCAACCAUCACGUUGUUAGACAUGGAGCUGCAAAUGAUGAAACAUACAAAGCGUACUUGGGUGAUGAACAGGAUAUAGAGAGGGUUACUACUUAUGCCAAUGAUGAUAAAGUUGAGGGUGACGUAGAUGCUCCUUGA